AAGAUGCACUUGUUUUGCUACAUGUGAAUUUUAACUGACUCGCGUGUCGGCGAUUAUUCGCUCCCUCUCCCUAUCCCCUCUCGUGUCUCCUCUCUCCCGUGAAACCUUUCAUAUCUCCACAUAAACAUAACCAAUUAAAAAUUAAAAGAAAACAGUUUUCACUAUAUCCUUGAUAUAUAGUAUACUCACCGCUAUAGCUCAUCGCUACCCGCCCAAUCACCCAGCGAUGAAGCUAAUUAUGUCUUUUCGUUUUCUCAUUCUUUUCUUCUUCACAACUUUGCUUCUCGACGUUACGCAAUCCAGUUACCAUAACUACCCCGACGCAUUGUCCAAGUGCAUACUGUUCUUCGAGGGUCAGCGUUCCGGCUACUUGCCGUCGGAGCAGAGGAUGACCUGGCGGGGGCAUUCCGGGCUGGGCGAUGGGUGGUCGUUCAACACAGACCUCACCGGCGGCUACUACGACGCCGGCGAUAACGUCAAGUUUGGUUUCCCGAUGGCCUUCACCACCACAAUGCUCGCGUGGAGCGUGAUCGAAUUUGGUCAGUACAUGCCGGCGUCGGAGUUGCAGAAUACGUUGGUCGCCAUUAAAUGGGCCACCGAUUAUCUCCUCAAAACUGUUUCCCAACCCAACCGCAUUUUCGUUCAGGUUGGUGAUCCCAUAUCGGACCAUAGUUGUUGGGAAAGGCCGGAAGAUAUGGAUACAGCUCGGACGGUGUACGCCGUGGAUGCCCCGAAUCCGGCAUCCGACGUCGCCGGAGAGACAGCGGCUGCUUUGGCCGCUUCAUCCAUGGCAUUCCGAUCUUCCGAUUCCGGAUAUGCUGAUACUCUGUUGCAAACCGCAACACGGGUGUUCAGUUUCGCAGAUUCCUAUCGGGGAGCUUAUAGUGACAAUUCUAAUAUUAGGGGUGGCGUUUGCCCGUUUUACUGUGAUUUUGAUGGAUAUCAGGACGAAUUGCUUUGGGCAGCAGCAUGGCUAAGGAGGGCCACUCAGGGUGAUACUUACCUCAAUUACCUGCAAAACAAUGGCCAAACUCUUGGUGCUAAUGACAACAUUAACGAAUUUGGAUGGGACAACAAGUAUGCUGGACUAAACGUUCUAGUUUCUAAGGAGGUCUUGGAAGGGAACAUCUAUUCUUUGCAAUCAUAUAAAGCCUCAGCAGAUAGCUUCAUGUGCACACUGAUCCCGGAAUCGCCGUCGUCCCACAUCGAAUACACGCCGGGCGGCCUGAUUUACAAGCCCGGCGGCAGCAAUCUGCAGCACGCAACCUUAGUGAGUCUGAUGUUGUUGGUCUACGCCGCCUCCUUAGAGCGGUCGUCGCAGGCCGUGAACUGCGGCAGCGUUAGCGUCAGCCCCGCCAUGCUCCGGGAAGUGGCUAAGCGGCAGGUUGAUUACAUCUUAGGCGACAACCCUAAAGGAAUCUCGUACAUGGUCGGGUACAGUUACUACUAUCCUCAACGGAUUCAUCACCGCGGCUCGUCUCUCCCCUCGACCAAGGAUCAUCCGCAGUUCAUAGCAUGCAAAGAGGGAUCCGUCUAUUUCAACUCGUCGGGUCCUAACCCGAACGUGUUAGUCGGGGCGAUCGUCGGCGGGCCGGGGGAGAACGAUGAGUACGACGAUGACCGCGACGAUUUUCGGAAGUCGGAGCCGACAACCUACAUUAACGCGCCGUUCGUUGGCGCCCUUGCUUACUUUGCCGCUAAUUAUCCCAGUAAUUAAGAUCAUCAGUAAAUGGCAUCUGUACAGAGUUGGUGAAUUACUGAUCGAUUGGGUAUUUGCAUUCAUGUGUGUAGGUGAACAAAAGAUAGAAUCUCUCACCUCUGGUAAGUCAAAGAGGGAAGAGGAGAGUCUUUAUAAUUUAUAUGUGUAAUGUAAUUUUCUCAAUUACAUUAUUAUGCUUCAAAUUUUUAUGGGAAA